AUAGAAACGGUUGUUUAGCGUAGAAUAGAAGGUAGAGAGAGAGAGAGAGAGAGAGUAAAAAAAUGUUUUUAAAAAAAGGCAAAGAUUUAUGUAACGCGAGAAGUUGAGGCUGUUCCCAGGUCACUCUCUUUGCAACCUCCGAGGAAUUUUGGUGGCAUCCUCUCAGAUAUUUGUCAUCAGUUUCUAUUUUGGUCGCAAAUUGCAAUCUCUUGUGUUACUUUACCGAGAGAGAGAGAGAGAGAUAGAGAGACGUGAGUUUCUGUUGUGUUCCUGUUUCUGUGUGUGUGUGUCAGCAAGUGCUUCUGUUUUGUCCAAUUUUCUCUCUUUCUGUUGUGGGAAAAUGCUGGUUCGGAGAAGGGUGAUGAGUUGGAGAAGGGUGGCCAAGGCUCUCAUAGCUCUGCUAGCUCAUGCCUUGCUUUUCUCCUUCACUAUUCUCCUUGCUCUCAAGCUUGACGCUCUCUUUCAUCAUUCAUGGUGGAAGGUAUUUGUUCCUCUAUGGUUUUUUCAUGCUGUGGUAUCAAGAGGCAGAUUUUCCUUGCCUGCUCCUUCAUUGCCUCAUGAUCGCCGAUGGGCUCCUUGUCAUUCGGUCGUAGCAACUCCACUACUUGUUGCAUUUGAGCUGCUUCUUUGUAUACAUCUCGGGAGCACUUAUGGGAUGAAUUUAAGGAUUGUCUUCCUGCCCCUCAUAGCUUUAGAAUUCGUGAUUUUGUUUGAUAACAUCAGGAUGUGUAGGGCUUUGAUGCCUGGAGACGAUGAAAAUUUGACAGAUGAAGCAGUAUGGGAAACUCUUCCGCACUUCUGGAUUUCAAUAUCCAUGGUCUUCUUUAUUGCUGCAACAGUGUUCACCCUUCUAAAGAUAUGUGGCGAUGUUGCUGCUCUAGGCUGGUGGGACUUAUUUAUUAACUUCGGCAUUGCACAGUGCUUUGCGUUUCUUGUUUGUACAAAGUGGCACAAUCCAACUAUUCAUGGGGGCUGUCACAUUACAGAACCGUGUUCAUCAUCAAAUUCCAUAAGAUAUCUUGACUUGAGUAGAGAAGGCUUAGUUAUUUACGCAGAUGAAGAUAGCCAGCAAAAUGGGUUCUGCAAUCUGCAGGAUGUUGGUGGGCAUAUUAUGAAAAUCCCAUUCAUUGGUUUCCAAAUACUUCUUUUUAUGCAUUUAGAGGGAACACCAUCCGGUGCAAAAAAUAUGCCGCAUUGGGUCAUUUUUUCCCCCCUAUUUUUGUUGCAAGGAGCUGGAGUUUUAUUUGCAGCAUAUAGAUUAAUAGAGAAGAUAGUUCUUUUACUCUAUAGUGGAGAUAUUCCUGAAAGAUACUCAGCUAUAGCAUCAAAAUCCCAUGAGUGCUUUGGGUUCUUUCAACGUGGGUCAAGGUUGCUUGGUUGGUGGUGUAUAGAUGAAGGGAGUAAAGAGGAAGAAGCUAGACUUUUUUGUGCUGAGAGUUCUGGGUAUAAUACUUUUACCCCUGACACGGUGAAGAAAAUGCCUAGAACAGAUCUGGUUGAGGAGAUAUGGAGACUACAAGCUGCCCUGGGUGAGCAAACACAAGUUACAAAGCUUAGCCAGGAUGAGUAUGAAAGACUUCAAAAUGAAAAGAUCUUAUGUAGAAUUUGCUUCGAACAGCAGAUUAACGUGGUCCUUCUUCCCUGCAGACAUCACGUUCUUUGCAGCACUUGCUGCGAAAAAUGUAAAAAGUGCCCUAUCUGUCGUGGCCCCAUUGAAGAAAGGAUGCCUGUAUAUGAUGUGUAGAUUGAGUUCAAUGAAGAGGUAUAGGUAUCUUACUGACAAUCCAGCUUGUGAUUUUAGACUAGGCAAGCACCGAGAAUUAUCAAUUUCUCUGCUCAUACAUAGAUAUGAUGAACAUCAGAAGUUGUAUAUAAAAUUUUAAACAUCUCCCCCCUCCCCUCUUUAUUUCUCCCAUAGUGCAUUCUUGCAAUUCUGAAAGGAUUGCCAAUAGUUGCAUUGUUUUGAAUUUUGUUACUGUGAGGAUUUAUCAAUACCAAAAAUGCAUGAUGAUUAUUGAACCCUA